AUGCCUUCAUCUUCUUCAACACUUCCCUGGGCAAAAAAUGUUGCCUAUGUACAUUUUCUAGUCAUGUCUGUCCUCAUUUCAGAUGUUGUACAUUGCUCCUUGGACAGAAACGUGAUCGAUUCCAAUCUCCUGACCCAGAAGAUUGGUACCAGCCGAACAGCAAUAGUUGAUAUUAGUGGACAAGGAGACUUCAGGACCAUUCAAGCAGCAAUUGAUGCUGUUCCAGAAGGCAAUUCCAAUUGGACCAUUAUUCAUGUGAGGAAAGGUGUUUACAGAGAGAAGGUGCACAUACCUCGUAAUAAACCCUAUAUAUUCUUGAGAGGCAAUGGAAAGGGUAAGACAUCCAUCGUUUGGUCUCAGAGCUCUGUCGACAACUACCAGUCCGCUGCUUUCCUUGUUGAAUCACACAACUUCGUUGCCUUCGGUAUUAGCUUCAAGAAUGAAGCUCCAACUGGGAUUGCUUAUACCUCACGUAACCAGUCAGUUGCAGCAUUUGCUGGGGCAGACAAAGUUGCAUUCUACCACUGUGCAUUCUUUAGCUCACACAACACUCUCUUUGAUUACAAAGGCAGGCAUUACUACGACAAUUGCUAUAUUCAGGGUUCCAUCGAUUUCAUAUUUGGACGCGGUCAGUCUAUGUUCCAUAACUGCGAGAUAUUCGUGAUUGGAGACAAGAGGGCUGAGAUCCAUGGAUCCAUCACAGCUCACAGCAGGCGAAGUGCUGGUGAAAACAGUGGUUUUGUGUUCGUUGGAGGGAAGAUCUAUGGGGUUGGUAGCUUGUACUUGGGUAGAGCCAAUGCACCCUUUUCUCGAGUUGUUUUUGCAAACACCUACUUCUCCAGGACCAUUGUGCCUCAAGGAUGGACGAAUUGGAGCUAUGCUGGCAGUCCAGACCGUGUAUAUCUUGCAGAAUAUAAAUGUCAUGGUCCAGGGUCUGCUUCAAAAGAUCGAGCUAAGUGGUCAAAACAGCUCGAUGACAAAGAAGUAGCUCCUUUCCUCUCUAUUGAUUACAUCAAUGGCAAGCAAUGGCUCCCAGCAUGGCUAUGA